AUUUCUUGAUUUCCCACAAAUUUUCGACUGACCUGAAAUAUUUUCAGCCCCUUCACAUAGUUUUGGGAGUAAGACACCAUGACCGGAGGAGCUCCGAAAAUGGCUAUAAUGGAAUCCACUCACACUCACCAUCGUCUCAUCGACUUCGCUAAAACUGCUCUCUUCAAGAUCUUUCUCUUUCCUUACGCCACGGUAUGUGAAUUAUUCUGCGGCCAAGUACCAGACGUUGAGAAAUUCGACGAAGCUUUAAUCGGUCACUACAUUGGCGUUGAUGUGGAAACUUCUGGAGUAAGCCAAGUUAAAAUGGCGUGGGAGAGCCAGCGUAAAGCUUAUACGUCAGACUUCUUUGAACUUGAUCCCUGCACAGAAAAUUUGGAACCACAUUUGCUGGACAAGUGCGCCACAGUGGAUAUUGUGUGCUGCCUGCAGCAUUUGCAGAUUUGCUUCAAAUCUGAAGAGAGAGCAAGGAUCCUUUUACGUAAUGUUUCAUCUUUGCUCAAACCUGGGGGUUACUUUUUCGGAAUUACUCCAGACUCCUCCAUGAUAUGGGCAAAAUAUCAGAAAAAUGUUGAAGCAUACCAUAACAAAGGCGGUGUUACAAAGUCUAAUGCUAACUGCAUUCGUUCAGAGAGCUACAUGAUUACUUUUGAAAUAGAGGAAGAAAAGUUUCCAUUAUUUGGAAAGAAAUACCAACUCAAGUUUGCUAGUGACGUUUCUGGUGAAACUCAUUGUUUAGUUCAUUUUCCAAGCUUUAUCAGGUUGGCUAGAGAAGCUGGUCUUGAGUAUGUAGAGAUUCAGAAUUUAACUGAAUUUUAUGAUGAUAACAGAGCACAGCUUGCCAGCUUAAUUUUGAAAUUCGGUUCAAAUCUUAUUGACUCUCGUGGAAGACUUCUUCCUCGCUCGUAUGAUGUGUUAGGUUUGUACACAACAUUUAUCUUCCAAAAGCCUGAUCCGGACAUGGCUCCUCCUAUUACAACUCCCAUAUUGCCAGAUGGACCUCACAUAUAUGAUGAGAGAGACUGGCAAGGGACUACCUGGAGAGACGAUGAUAUGAACGGAACAACAGACCCACCACCUAGUCUUGGUAAGAUUAGUGAACAAAAAGGAAUUUUGGGUCCUGGCCCUCCCGAACUACGUUUCACCGAGUCUUUCUAGGAUCAAGUAUGAAGUUCCAGACAAACAUAGGGGCUAGAGUUAAGUUUACACUUCUUUUAAUUACCAUGAAGGUUGGUGAAAGGUGUUUUGUUUGUAUAAUGUCCAUGUAAAUAUAGCAGUUUGGGUUAGAUUUAUUUUCAAUAUUAGGGGAUUUUCGAAAGAAAAUUUAGGUUUUACAUUAUUACUUACUACUAUUCGAUCAAAUCUGGUGUAUUUUGGUUUUAUAUUAUUACUUUUACAAAUUAAUAUAAUCGGGUGACUUUUGAGUCUUAUUUGCA